AUGAUAGAGAAGCAAGAAGCGGUUUUCCGAUCAGCGGAAAUGAGGUUGAUUGAAAUGUUCAUCCCUCAAGAGAUUGCCCGAAAUACUGUUUAUAUUCUAGGGGAAAGUGGUUUACUUCAGUUUCGGGAUUUAAAUAAGAAAGUCAGAAGUUUCCAACGUACUUUUGUAUCUGAGCUUAGACGGUUGGAUAACGUGGAACGGCAAUAUCGGUACUUUUACUCGCUUUUGAGAAAGUACAAAAUUCCAUUUUACGAAGAAGUCCAAGAUGGAACCCAGGUGCGUGAUAUUAGAGCUGGAUUUGAUUUACCGCCUAGUACUUCAGUAAUUGACGAUCACGUGGAAAACGCGCAGUUGCUAGAAGACCGGUUCGUGCAAUUGGUUGAAGCUAGCGAGCAGUUAGAGUCACAAAAAACCCAGCUUGACGAGUUCAAAGCGCUUCUUUUGGCUUCAGGUGAAUUUUUUGAGAACUGCGGUGUGGAUAUUCAGGUGGCGUCUACUAAUGCUGGUGAACAAGAUGGAGAGCUGGAAGAUGGGGCCUCCUCCAAGUUCUUGCCGUACUUUACUGGUGUAAUUCCAAGAGAUAAGGUUUCCACUUUGGUGAAAACUUUAUGGAGAAUGGUGAGAGGUAAUCUUUACUUUAGAAAUGUGGAACUGCCUACUAAAUUUUAUGAUGCAAAAUCAAAGGAAUACAUUUAUAAGGAUGCGUUUAUUGUUUUUGCACACGGCGACUUAAUUAUGAAAAGAAUCAAAAAAAUUGCAGAAUCUCUAGACGCAAACUUGUAUGACAUUCAGAAUUCGCAAGAACUCAGAUCUCGGCAGAUAGUUGAACUAAACGAAAAAUUAGAUGACUUCGAAAAGGUUAUGCACACAACUGCAGUCACCUUGGAAAGUGGGUUAUAUUCUAUCAGCAAGGAAUUAGCCGACUGGAAUAAGCAGAUCUGUAAAGAAAAGGCCGUGUAUAAUACGCUAAAUCUUUUCGUCUACAAUUCCAGUAGAAGAACGUUGACAGCAGAAGGCUGGAUCCCAGUUGACGAACUUGAAACAUUGCAGGUUAUUUUGCAAAAACUGACUGCUGCUCUUGGAGUAGAUGCGUCACCUCUGAUCAAUGUUUUGGAUACCAACUUGACACCUCCAACGUUCCAUCGUACUAACAAGUUUACAAAAGCUUUUCAAGAUAUUUGCGAUUGUUACGGUAUAGCAUCUUACCAAGAAGUGAACCCCGGCUUGGCCACCAUUGUUACUUUCCCUUUCAUGUUUGCAAUCAUGUUUGGUGACAUGGGCCAUGGUAUGAUAUUGGCAUUAGCAGCUAGUGUUCUUGUCCUUUAUGAAAAGAACAUUUCAAAGCUCAAAAGGGAUGAAAUUUUUGAUAUGGCAUUUUCAGGUAGAUAUAUCUUACUUUUAAUGGGUCUGUUUUCAAUAUACACAGGGUUGAUCUACAAUGAUAUGUUUUCUAAAUCUCUAACCCUCUUCAAGUCGGGCUGGAAAUGGCCGGACUCUUUCGAACCAGGUGAAUCUAUAACCGCUGAACAAGUUGGUGUAUAUCCAAUUGGGAUCGAUUAUGCAUGGCAUGGUGCAGAAAAUGCAUUACUCUUUAGCAAUGCACUAAAAAUGAAGCUGUCAAUUAUUAUGGGUUUUAUCCAUAUGUUUUAUUCUUAUAUGUAUUCCUUGGCAAACGCGCUUUAUUUUAAAGACAUGGUGGAUAUAGUUUGCAACUUCAUUCCUGGUCUACUAUUCUUUGGCAGCAUCUUUGCUUACUUGGUUAUUUGUAUUAUUUACAAAUGGACGGUAGACUGGUAUAAGCACGGCAUAUCGCCGCCAGCAUUAUUGAAUAUGUUUAUCAAUAUGUUCUUGGCCCCCGGUAAAGUUGACGAAAAAUUAUAUCCAGGCCAAGCACAAGUACAAGUGUUUCUAUUAUUUACAGCACUCAUUUGUGUGCCUUGGUUAUUAUUGGCAAAGCCAUUGCAUUUCAAGUUUGUCCGCAGUAAACAUAUGCAUACUGCUUUGUCGAAUUCAGAAUUUGCACAAAUUGAUCAAAGCGUUGAUCAGGUACUUAACAAUGCCUCAGAUGACGAAACUGUAGACGAUAACUAUGACGACGAAGAAGAGGGUAAUUCGCAUCAAAAUGAAUCAUUUGGGGACGUAGUUAUCCACCAGGUGAUACACACUAUAGAAUGGUGUUUGAACUGUGUCUCACACACAGCCUCGUACUUGCGUUUAUGGGCGCUUUCUUUGGCUCAUGCCCAAUUGUCUACUGUCUUAUGGACAAUGACUAUCCAAAUUGCGUUUGGUAGUACUGGAAUCUUUGGUGUAUUCAUGACCGUUGCUCUCUUUGCAAUGUGGUUCAUAUUAACAUGUGUCAUCUUGGUUGUAAUGGAAGGUACCUCUGCGAUGUUACAUUCUCUACGUCUCCAUUGGGUUGAAUCAAUGUCGAAAUUCUUCAAAGGUGAGGGAACCAUCUACAGUCCAUUCUCAUUUCCUCCAAUAUAUCUCGAGGACGCUGUAUAA